UCAUCAGUCUCGUGUUGUUGUCUGAUGCAGCUAGCAACCAGGCUGACUCACCAAGCUCAGUGUUAGCUGUCCAAAAAAAAGCCUCAUUAUUGUAAAAACUGUAACAAACAAAGUCCUUCUAACCAAAACAGCGCCUAAAGAAUGAGAAGAGUUACCUUAUUUAUUAACGGGACUUCUAAAAAUGGCAAGGUUGUAGCAGUAUACGGGACCUUGUCCGACCUACUAUCCGUAGCGAGCAAUAAGUUAGGAAUCAAAGCCUCCUGUUUGUACAACGGGAAGGGUGGUCUCAUCGAUGACAUCGCCCUCAUAAGAGAUGACGACGUGCUGUAUGUGUCCGAAGGAGAUCCGUUUGUCGACCCUCAACAUGAAGCCAAGGUUACGUCUGAUCAGCACGGAGCACACACCGAUUGGCUGACCCUUAACAUCGGUGGUCGACCCUUCACCACCACCAGGAGCACGUUGGUCAGCAAAGAGCCGGAGAGUAUGCUCGCUCACAUGUUUCGAGAGAAAGACGUGUGGGGGAACAAGCGGGACCGGCACGGGGCUUACCUAAUCGACCGCAGCCCCGAAUACUUCGAGCCUAUCCUCAACUAUCUGAGACACGGCCAGCUCAUUAUCAAUGAAGGCAUAAACAUACGAGGAGUCCUCGAGGAGGCUCGCUUCUUUGGAAUCGAACAGCUGGCUGAACAGCUGGAAGUAGCAAUCAAGAACACGCAGCCACCCGAGGACCACUCUCCCAUUUCCCGAAAGGAGUUUGUUCGUUUUCUGUUGGCGACGCCGACCAAGUCAGAGCUCCGCUGUCAGGGUCUUAAUUUCAGUGGCGCCGAUCUGUCCCGACUUGAUUUGCGUUACAUCAAUUUCAAGAUGGCUAACCUCAGCCGCUGCAAUCUGACGCACGCCAACCUGUGCUGCUCCAAUCUGGAGCGGGCCGAUCUCUCCGGAGCCAACCUGGAUGGCGCUAACUUACAAGGGGUGAAGAUGCUGUGUUCCAACGCCGAGGGAGCCUCUCUCAAAGGAUGCAACUUUGAAGAUCCGUCUGGACUGAAGGCCAACCUGGAAGGUGCUAACCUGAAAGGGGUUGACAUGGAAGGAAGCCAGAUGACGGGUAUCAACCUGCGUGUGGCCACUCUGAAAAAUGCAAAGCUGAAGAAUUGUAACCUGCGGGGAGCCACUUUAGCAGGGACCGAUCUGGAGAACUGUGAUCUGUCCGGCUGCGAUCUACAAGAAGCCAACCUGAGAGGCUCCAACGUGAAAGGAGCCAUUUUCGAAGAGAUGCUGACCCCGCUGCACAUGUCACAGAGCGUCAGAUAACUCUGCACGCUCCUACAAGUCCAGUGUGAAACCCCAGCUGGCUUCUUUAUCGCUCUUUUCCUCCAGUAUAUCCCCCCCUUCCUUACUUACAAUCUCUCAUUGCCUGUCUGCAGCACAGGUAGUUGUAUGCACAUCCCUGACAUUCCACCUAUAUUGAGUUAGCUUUAAAUAUCUUGCACUAGAAUUUAUUCAGGGUUGUCUCUGUAUGUUUGUAUGGUAGGAAAUGUUCAGCUGCGUAUAUCACCAAAACAAAUAAUGUUCCUAGUGUGUGUACAUGUUGUUCUGGAUGUAAUCCAAUGACUAUACUCAUGUAUUGUUUUUAUUAUAAUUUAUAUUCACUUUAUACUACGUGGGAGUCAGAUUGUCUGCGUGCGGUGACGUUCAGCACUGAGCUUCACUGAGUGCUGCUGUAGCAGAAACUGAAGGGUCACUCACCAAUAACUGUGUCAUUAUAUAUUCCUCUUUUGAGUGUGUAACUUAAUUUUGCUGGAUUCAACCUAUUCUAAAGGAAGCAAUGCAAGCCAAAGCCAUAACAAUAGCACAGUCUAAGAGGCUGAAAGUGCUGUUAGUGCACCACGAAACUAUGCGACGGGCUACUUCUAAACACAGCUUGGGUAUGCAAUACGUAAUUUACAGCUGUGACGCGUCUCCUUUCCUACUUUUAAUUAUUGUGUUCUUAAAAAGCUUUUUCCUUUUUUGGUUUUGUGAAUCUACCUCUUUUUUUAAUCCGGUGUGCGAGCGAUCCGCGGUUGCAUGCGUUUGACUGUGGCGCCGCUUUAUUGUGUUAAUGUUGGUGUCAUUCGUUAUUCUUCCAGUUGUGAGAAAAUAAUCAAACCUGGUUUGCUUUGACAGUAGGGCUGCAACUGAGGGUUAUUUUCAUUAUCUGUUGGUAAUUUCCUCGAUUGAUCGUCCCCCAAAGCUUGCACUGACGUCCUCUAAUAUCUUGUUUUGUCCACAACCCAAAGAUAUAUUCCGUUUACUGUCAUAGAGGACUUUAAAACAGAAGCUAUUCACAUUUAAGAAGCUGAAAUUAGACGUUUUUGUCUUUAAAAAUGACCCAAAAUGAUUCAUCGAUCGAUGAAUUGACCGAUGGUUGCAGCUCUAUUGAGCAGGAAGCCGUUUUCACGUGUUCAUGUCUUUAAAGUGGGUUUGCCUGGAAACAUACUCCCAUGUAUUGAAGUCUAUCACUUAAUCAUGCUUUGAACUUAUUUGCACACGUAUACUUGUAACAUGUUAUACCUUUUACACCAAAAAACGUUUGGUGCUUGUAAUCUUACGUAAAUCAAAUCCAGUGUCUCCAAAACUUCCACGAGAGUCACCGUUACGAGUCUUCAGUCCUCUACUGGACGGCGUCCGUUUGCAUGUGUGAAGAGCUGCACUCGACUCUAAAGCUGUAGCUCAAAGCUGCUCCGAUGCAAUACUAUUCACUCAGUUUAACAGUAGGUACCCGGCCUGUGAGAGCGAGGGAUGAAGGCAAUCAUAUUUCAGCUUGUGCGUGAAAAGUCGACGGUUAUUUAUUUUGAUACAUCUCACUGAACGCAAUAUGAGGUGAGGGUUGCUUUGUGUUUGAGACGGGGGGCGGUGUAGGUCUCCCCAUCUAUGAUUAUUGCACUCGACCAUGGAAAUAUAUUUCCAUAAAUGACUGUUAUAAAUAAACUGCUAUGAAGAAGAAGAA